UUGUGGUUAAAAUAACACACAGCCUCCAUUCAGAGCUAAAACGCAGAGCUGCUAUUGGAAGCAGAUUUUGGAUCUGGAAAACUCUCAGCAGAUGCAUCCGAGGGGCUUUUGAAAAAUUCAAUUUUUUGACUCACGUGAAGACAUCGGGGAUCCCCCUCAGGGGAAAGAACAAGAAAUAGAUUGGAAAGUUCAGAGGAAGUCUGUGGAGGGGACCGUAGAAGAAGAGGUGAAGGACGGACUGCAAACGCCGAAGGGUGAGGCAGCCACCCUGGCAGAAGCGCCGGGUCUCGCCAGCACGAUGGUCCCCGCGGCCCAGCCCUGACGGAGCGGGCACCAUGUUCAGUGUGGAAGACCUCCUGAUCUCCCAUGGGUACAAGCCGUCCAGAGACCUCCCAGCACCGCGCGAGGACGGCCCUGAGGGACGCCAGCCAGCAAGGACGCGGACGCGAGCUGGCCACGGCCUGCUGAACGGGCAGGAGGAUGGCCCUGCAGCCUGCGGGCGGCGCCAGGCGUCUGCGGGGAGGGGCCGCGUGAGUGACCGCGAAGGCGGCCGCGGGGAGCCCCCAGGGCCUUCCGCCUCUGGAACCUCUGAGGCCGGGUUUUAUAAUCAACCCACCUCGGCACGGUGCCCUCAGCCCCAGGCCGGCAGCCGCCAGGCCUGUUGCAGAAGAGGAGGACGUGAAGUCAGUAGCAUACUGGGCACGCAGGAUCGAGAGGACCUGGAGGUCAGAGGGAUGGCCCAAGCCCACAGCCUGCCUGGCCACACGAGUGUGGGACCCUGGGAAGUCGGAAGAAGGACAGAGAAUGUGAUGGAGAAGGCAGUUUGGGAAGAAGAGCUGAGAGUGCCGGCUCCUGCCAAGUGGCAGGAUGUCAGCCUGGGGAGCUGGGACCAGCCCAGGAAGGUAGGGAGACAGAUGUCUGAUGGCAGCGGGGAGAGAUUGUUCCACGACCUGUACCCGUUCAUUCAAGGAGAGCAUGUGCUGAGCUCCCAAAACAAGAAGAAGUCCCAGUCCUUGCCUAGAGUCCUUUCCCCUGAGAGCCUGAGCAGCGUGGACAUCCCCUUUCCACUAAGUGACGUAUGCUUUCCCAAAAUGCCACCGUAUCCUCCAAAUUGUCCUCCGCAUCUGGAACCCACAAGGCACCCAGAGAAGGGUGGUGCCUCGGUGCCUUUGCCCCGGCCUAAGUUUGGGAGACCCCUCAAGCCCCCGCAUGGCUCGCACCAGCCGAGCAGGGGCGGCGUGGAAAAGAGCGACCCCCAGGACAGCCGGCAGGCGGACCCGCUCGUCUCCAGGCGCGAGCUCUGCGCGCCCGACUCCGGCUUGGAGCCACCAGUGUACGUGCCUCCGCCGUCAUACAGGUCGCCGCCCCUGAACGUCCCAAACCCCUACUUGGAAGACACGGCGCCCAGACCUCUGACUGAGAAGGCCGGGGCUGGCGGUCAGCUUCCUCCCGGCGCCCUGGGCGCGGGGGCCGAGUGCGGUGCGAGCCCCCGCUCUCCUCGAGGGCCGCCGGCGCACCCCUGGCCUGCCCCCGCCUACAGCAGCUGCGUUCAGUACAUCCCCUUCGACGACCCGCGGAUACGGCACAUCAGACUGGCUCAACCCCAGGGCUUCUGGGAGGGAACGGAGCUCCACGAAAAGUCGCGCGACUCCAGUCCUGUCACUCCCCAGGAGCCACCUGGCGGGAAGGUGCAGCCCGAUGGUGCCAUGCUGGACCCCCGCAGCCUGACACCCCCGUCGGGGGAUGGGCGGGGCCCUGGCGCCAGGCCCUGGUGGCUGUGGGGCCAGCUCCCCGGGGACGGGGAGCGAGACCCCUGCGUCGCCAGAGGACAGCGGCCGCUCGCGGGGCGCAGACACGCGGAGGGCCAGGGUUCCCCGACAAACUCGCAGGGCGACGGUGCCUGCGGAACGCAGACCAAGCUCAAAAAGUUCGAAACUGGGAUUCAGAGCAAGAAAAGCUCGAAGAAAAAAACGAGCGAGACUAUAUUUUGCUUGGUUUCCAUCCCGGUCAAACCCGACGCAGGCCCGGGCGACGCGGGCGCGACGCUGUGGGAGCGGAGGGCGCUGGGCGCGGCCGCCGGGCACGGUCAGGGGCCGCGGGAAGACAGACGCGCGCUCGACCUCAGCUUCCUGCACCUGGCGCCGCACGCCGCGCUCACGGGCGCGCGCUCCUGGCCGGGGCUCCAGUGCCGGGACCAGCAGACGCAAACCAGUUUCCCCGAGGAGCCGCGGCGCCCGCAGCCCCUGCCGGGGGCGCAGCCCGGGGGGCCGAGUGACACGGCGCCCGCUCCGAAACGCCCAGGCCCGGCGCUGGCUUCCCGUGACCACGGACAGAGGCCAAAUGCCCAAACCCUGAAAGGUCAAAGGUCCCUCAGCCCAUCUGGCAACAGCGUUCUUUCAAGGACGUCCUCGUCCACACAUCAAGCCCUGGGGCCGAGAGCGGGCUGCAGCCAGCCCCGCGUGGAUGGCCGCGCGCCCCGGGCCAGCCCCGAGCCCCGGCCGGAGGUGGUGAAAGGGGAACCCACGGGCCCGUGCAACAGCAAGCAGCUGUUUGGGCAGUUUCUCCUGAAACCAGUCAGCCGUCGCCCCUGGGAUCUGAUAAGUCAGCUGGAGAGUUUUAACAAGGAGCUCCAGGAGGCGGAGCAAAGCAGCGACAGCGGUGGCAGCGAGGACGGCGAGGCGGGGCUGCAGUGGGAGCCCGGAGCUGACGCCCGGCAGGGGGACCUGGGCUUCCCUGGACUCAGCCCAGAGAGGAGGGUCGAGCAGCAGCAGGGCGUGCGGGUGCCCGAGGGCCCUGCGUGCAGGCCAGGAAUUGGCGAGCAUGAGUCUCAGAGCUGGAGGGCGGAGUCCGGGCCUGGCCGCCCGCCCUCCCUGGACCCCUCGCCGGCGGAGGGUGGCAGAGGGGACUCUCCCCGGCCAGCAGACAGAAGCCCGAGUGCAGAGAAGAGAUGCCGGGAGGUCGGCAGUGCAGUGAAUGAGCCAGGGGUCAGCCCAGGACCUGUGCAGGGCAUGAUGUCUUCAAGACCAAGUGGCACGAAGCCAGCGUCCCCAUCCUAUCCAGCUGAGCCGGGGGAGUCCCAGGAACAUCGGAGACUCCCGGGCGCUUCCAUUUCUGUGACACCCAGCUCAGCAGGCCCUGCUGGGGUCCAUGGUGGCAGAGCCAGGGGCACGGGGCUCCCGCUCUCCCUGACCAGCAAGAACCUCGGGCUCUCGGCGCCCGACUUGCGGUCCGUGGGGCUCUCCGUGGGCCAGGAGCAGAGCACCAGCGAGGCCAAGGGGUCUUUGGGUGAAGCAGGAGAAGUCCCCCCGGGCGAGUCCCUGCAAGCGCGGGCUGCGAGGAUCCUGGGCAUCGAGGUGGCUGUGGAGUCCCUCCUGCGGGGCAGCAGGAGAGCGGGACGCAGCCAGCCGCCCGCGCCUGACCCCAGUGCCUGUGGCCCAGAGCGCCCCCGGGAUGAACCGUCGUCCAGCUCAGCCGCGUCCCAUGGCCCCACGGUGCCCAACGAUGCCUUUUAUGGCAGGAGGAAGUGCGGCUGGACCCAGAGCCCGCUCUUUGUGGGGGAAAGGGACAGUGCCAGGCGGGCUCCCCUGGUGCCCGAGCACUCAGGUGUGGCCGGGGGCAUCGCCAGUGACGCCUCCUGCCUCGAGCCUCAGCUCCGCUCCUCAGAGUCCAGCUCCUUCGAUCAGCAGGACAUGGGGGCAAAACCUCCCUUCAGGUCCACUUUGUUCCAUUUUAUAGAAAGGACCCCAAGUGUGGUGGGCUCAGAAAAGAGGCUCAGAAGCCCUUCCAAAGUGAUUGAGAGUUUGCAAGAGAAACUGGCCUCCCCGCCGAGGAGAGUGGACCCCGACCGCCUGAUGAGAAUGAAGGAGGUGAGCUCCGUGUCACGGAUGAGAUUCCUGAGCUUCCGGAGCGCCGACUCCAUGGAGGAGCCCGAGGAACUGAAGGCCGCCAGGGGCCAGCCAGGGCCGCCUGCAGACUUUGUGUCCCUGAGCGACGGGGACCGGGUGUGGAGAGUGGGCCCCUCUCUCUCCGUCCGCAAGGAGGGCAUCUCUCGGGGAGCCAGUGAGCCGGAGGACGAGCACGUUGAUCAAGACUUCUGGUGCCCAGACGCCUACGACCCCAGCAGAGUGGAGCGCGUGUGAUGCGGCCUGGCCCACCUCGGUGCCCACCGCCCGCUCGCCGGGACGCUGAGAACUGCCGGGCUUCAGCGGGCCACCCUUCCUGUCCACUGCCACCCGCAACCGCGCCGUUCACGCGGGUCGCUCUGGGGACGGGCGGCAGCCUGUUGAAACCGCCUGUUCCCACAGCGGGAAGAUUUAAUGCCUGGAACUGGAAGAGUCUUCGCGGAAUCUCCUUAAGGAUGGCCCGGCAGGCUGGCAGACGGUUUGGUGUCGCUGGUUCUGGGCGGGAACCUGAGGCGGCAAAGGGAGCGAAGGAUCCCGGAAGGACCGGGAGCGUUUCAGUGCCCGUGCGUGCGCGGCCUGUGCCCCGUGCCCCGUCGCGGCUGCGGGACUCGGGCGCUGCCCAGCGUCCCCGCACGGGCACUUUCGGGAAAUGGGAGUGAAGGCCUGCGACCCACUUCUGAUCAGUUGGGCCUUCUGCUGCUGGAAGUAACUUCACUUCUAGGCAACUUGCCACCAGAGAAUAAAGCAAUACCUUUUAAGUUCCUGAAAAGAUUUAAAGCUGUGCUGUAAUAUCCUGAGAGUAUUAUUUAUCAGGUGAUGAAACAUUUCGAUCACUUGCAAACAUGCCAUGGUCCGCUUUGCACUCAGUAGUAUCUAUUUUUGUUUUCUGUAUGGGUAUUUAGAAAUUCUUUAUAUGAAAAAAAUGCUGGUUUAAAAUAGACCAUUUUAACAAAGUAACUAUAUUUCUUUUUACAAAAAUGCUAUUUUUCUAUGAUGUAAACAAUUGUUAGGUGGCAGAUUUUUAAGGAAGGAUUAUUUUAUUUAAGAGUCUGUAUCCCUUUGUGGGAGAGGAACCCAAAGAGGGUUCGCGUUUGCUUUAAAGCGGAGGCCCAGCCCGUGCACAUGCUGCUGCUGCUGUCUUUGCAAAUGUCAAUGCAGUCGUAUCACAGGGUUAAUAAAACAGACUUUUCACAAAGACUUUUGUACUAAUAAAGCUAUAAGACUAUAUUUGAAAAUAGCCCUCUCAAAACCAGCCAACAUAUCUAUGACAAUUUUUGCUGCCAUAUCAACUAGAAUGACCAAAAAGCAUAGUUUUAUCUUUGUACGCCUGUGGGGAUCUGCCCUAAGACCAUACUUUGCUCUCCCUGCACUGCCCCUUUAAAGAAAUAUGUAUUUUUAGCUAGAAUGAUCCUGAAUUAGUGUCUGCAUAUUUUUAAAAAGUGCUUGGGGAAUAUAUAUAUAUGUAUAUGUAUGUAUAUGCCAUUACAAAAGUAUUCUGAGGCCUAUGUAUUCUACAGUGUUCAAUAUUGCAUUAACCUGCACAAAGCGAGUGCAUUUUUAAUGCAUUUGUUGCUUUUUUCUAAGUAAGAUUUUCAUGUUAGCUCACAUUCCCUAAAUGGUUUCUUGCCUCCUCCCUCCCUCCCUUCCUGCUUUCCCUCCUUCCUUCUCCUUCCCCCACCUUUUUUCCCUUCUCUCUCUGUAUUUAUUUUCUUUUUGAGAAACCACCUUAUCUAUUUUUAGACAUUUCAGAUUCCUAAAAUGUGAACCAUUGGUGAUCUGUCCUUGGGCCUUCGCGGGCUGUUCUCAUCUGUGCUGUAUGAUUUCAUUUCACAAGAGUUUCGUGUAUUUGGACCGUAACAAACAAAACAGACUCUAAGAGGCCCUGAAAAAUCUUUUCACGCCCACUUAUCAGCAGUCUUGGUUUUUGCCGAUGACUCACUGUCACCUCUCUCCAGAACCCAGUUCUUACUAAGCACAGCAGCAGGGGGCAGGCCGGUCUCCUCGGGCAGUGCUGCGUGGGGAGGAGGGCCGCCCUGUGCUGGCUGGUGAGCCUCCCAGUCCCCGUCAUGCCGAGUGAGGGCUGAGCACCACGAGACCUUCCUGGGUCCUAUUUCUCUCUUCCAAUGCAAAUGUGUGAAGGUGCGUGUAUACACGCGUACAUGCAUGUACAUAUACACACAUGCAUGCAGACAUGCACACCGUAUGCAUUAACUCUGUCCUGAUUUCCUCUUAAAUUGUGUGGAUACCAUCUAGAGACUUCUUGUAAACAAAAGGAUUAAAUUUAGCUUAUUCCCCAAGAGAAAGAAAAGGAUCCUCAAGGAAAAACAUUUUUGUACCCGUAUAUAUCUCAAAAGAAACCAACAUAGGAUGCUCUUCUGUUUUGUUCUGGUCUAAAUUAUUGUAUCAUAUCUUUCUAAAACUAUUCUAAAUUUAGUCAAAAUUAUCAAUAUCUAUAUUUCAACCUUAAUUUUUCUGCAUUCAAGCCUAUAUGUAAAUCUUUUUUGGGGAAAAAGGUCACUGUAAAAAUUUAAGCAACUUAUAAAUUUUACUUUUAAACUUUUAUAUUUUGAGACAAAUAAUGGCCUCUGAUCAAAAAUAGCUUUCUCAGAGGUUUUGAAUCUAAUACUGAUAAUUCUUUAAUUAUUUCUAUUUCUCAUACAUAUAUAACUUCAUUAUUAUUUGUGGCUGGAAAAAAAAGGUUUUUAUAUUUUUUUAUUUGUUCCUGCUUUUUUCUUGAACACACGAUUUACUGUUGGUGUUUAAUAAUUUGGAGGUUAUAAAAUUAAAUUAAAGGUUCUAAUUGUGACCAUUUGGACUAAAAAUUGUAUGAAGAAUUACAUAUGAAAUAUAUUGGUUUUUCUCGAUUUGCACAAAAGGGGGACAUGAUGGUAAAUUGCCUUUCUUUGAAGAAAAUUUCUGAAUGACUGAAAGCCAAUACCUGUAUUAUGAUUUUCAGCCUCAUGGCUCUGCAAACCGCAGCAAACUCCUCACUAACUAAGAUGCAGCCAGCCCUGCUUGGACCUUUAGAAUUAUUUCCGUGUUCAUAACUACGUGGAUUUCUUGUGUAAAGGCCCCUCGUGUUUUGACAUGCAUCUGCUCUUCACGGUCCUGGUCUCCUUACUACAACUGUAGGUUGAGGUUUUGGUUCCUGUGGAAAUUCUAAGAGCUUUUGUGAUUCCAUUUUGCUGUUGGCGAAAGGCUGCCAUUAGCGGAGCGCAGAUGACUCUGAGACCCGCCCUGGGGACAGUCGCACCUCCAGCACGGCACGCGCCCGCAUCGGUCGCGCUGCUGGAGAGGGACGCCCUCCACCCUGCGCGGGCCGGCGGGCAGGAGACAGCAGCGCCUGGCGCUUCAGCCCGUCCGCCCCCAACAAACAGUGCGCUGUGUGUUGUGGCUGUUUUUUGUUGUUGUUUGUUUAAGACGAUUAAAUGAUACACAAGUGAGUGUCA